GGGGCGCCGAACAGGGCCGAGCAGCGCCGGGGCCUCCCUGCGGCCGAGCCGGGUGCCCACGGGCCCCAUCGAGCGGCCAUGGCGGCCAACAUGUACCGGGUGGGGGAUUACGUCUAUUUUGAGAACUCUUCGAGCAAUCCUUACCUGGUGAGAAGGAUUGAGGAGCUCAAUAAGACUGCAAAUGGGAAUGUGGAGGCGAAGGUCGUCUGCCUUUUCCGGAGACGGGAUAUCUCUAGCAGCCUCAAUAGCUUGGCUGACAGCAAUGCCAGGGAAUUUGAGGAGGAGUCCAAGCAGCCCGGAGUCUCGGAGCAGCAGAGGCACCAGCUGAAGCACCGGGAGCUUUUCCUUUCUAGACAGUUUGAAUCGUUGCCAGCCACCCACAUACGUGGGAAAUGCAGUGUGACGCUACUGAAUGAAACGGACAUCCUGAGCCAGUACCUGGAGAAGGAGGACUGCUUCUUCUACUCCUUGGUGUUUGACCCCGUGCAAAAAACGCUUCUGGCCGACCAGGGCGAGAUCCGGGUGGGCUGCAAGUACCAAGCGGAGAUCCCCGAGCGGCUGGCCGAAGGCGAGUCUGAUAAUCGAAAUCAGCAGAAGAUGGAAAUGAAAGUCUGGGAUCCAGACAACCCCUUGACCGACCGGCAGAUCGACCAGUUCCUCGUUGUGGCCCGUGCCGUGGGCACCUUCGCCAGGGCCCUGGACUGCAGCAGCUCCAUUCGGCAGCCGAGUCUGCACAUGAGUGCAGCAGCUGCCUCCCGAGACAUCACUCUGUUCCACGCCAUGGACACUCUCCAGCGCAAUGGCUACGACCUGGCCAAAGCCAUGUCCACGCUGGUGCCCCAGGGCGGCCCCGUGCUGUGUCGGGACGAGAUGGAGGAGUGGUCGGCCUCAGAGGCCAUGCUCUUCGAGGAGGCGCUGGAGAAAUAUGGCAAGGAUUUCAAUGAUAUCCGUCAGGACUUUCUCCCCUGGAAGUCUCUCGCCAGUAUCGUCCAGUUCUAUUACAUGUGGAAAACCACUGACCGCUACAUCCAGCAGAAAAGGUUAAAAGCAGCUGAAGCCGACAGUAAACUGAAACAGGUCUACAUCCCUACCUACACUAAGCCGAAUCCGAACCAGAUCAUCUCUGUGGGGUCCAAGCCUGGCAUGAAUGGGGCCGGAUUCCAGAAGGGGCUGACCUGCGAGAGCUGCCACACCACCCAGUCGGCCCAGUGGUAUGCGUGGGGCCCCCCCAACAUGCAGUGCCGCCUCUGUGCCUCUUGUUGGAUCUACUGGAAGAAGUACGGGGGGCUGAAGACGCCGACGCAGCUGGAGGGGGCGGCACGGGGUACUACCGAGCCGCAUUCCCGGGGCCACUUAUCUCGCCCCGAGGCCCAGAGCCUUUCUCCGUACACAACCAGCGCCAACCGGGCCAAGCUGCUGGCCAAGAACAGGCAGACGUUUCUGCUGCAGACGACCAAGCUGACCCGUCUCGCCCGGCGCAUGUGCAGGGAUCUGCUGCAGCCGAGGAGGGCCGCCCGCCGACCCUAUGCCCCCAUCAACGCCAACGCCAUCAAGGCCGAAUGUUCCAUCCGGCUCCCCAAGGCAGCCAAGACACCUCUCAAGAUUCACCCCCUGGUGCGAUUGCCCCUGGCCACCAUCGUCAAAGACCUCGCGGCUCAGGCUCCUCUGAAACCAAAAACGCCACGAGGCACAAAGACACCGAUCAAUAGGAACCAAAUGACCCAGAACCGGAGCUUGGGGGGCAUUGUGGUGAAACGUGCCUAUGAGAGUGUGGUUCCAUUUUCAGCCAACGGGAGGCCCCUCACCUCAGGGAUUCGAUCAAGCACACAGCCGGCAGCCAAGCGGCAGAAGCUGAACCCCGCAGAUGCCCCCAACCCGGUGGUAUUUGUGGCCACAAAAGAUACCAGGGCAUUACGGAAGGCCUUGACUCACCUGGAAAUGCGGCGGGCCGCACGCAGGCCCAACUUGCCCUUGAAGGUGAAGCCGCCACUGCCUCCGGUCCGGGCCCCGAUUCCUCCCCCUUUACCCCCACACCCUGCCAGCACCAAUGAGCCUAUUGUCCUGGAGGAUUAAGCGUCCUUGGGGGAAGGGAGGAGCAGAUGGGAGGGUGGCCCCCGGCCCCCCUGCCGUGCCAGGGCCGGGGGCAUCCGCCUCCCCUGGGAGGGGAUCGCAGUGCUCGCCCCAGCUUCAGACACCAAGUCUGCCUCUUCCUUGACCUUCUCCGGGUCCUGGGGAAAUCCACGGUAUAGCCAGUUUGGGGGGUGCAGAGGACUCAGUCCUGGGGCAGGUUUUUUGGGGGGAGGGUUUUUUAAAACUUUUUUAAUUUUUCCUCUCCUUGUUGGGGAGUGUGGGAGGGGAGAGGAGGGUGCCAGCUGGUCCCUGCAGGGGCGGGGCAGGCACUGCCAUGUCUCCAGUCUUGUUUCUCUUCCAAUUCCGGGUUUGCUGCCCGCAGGUGGGCUUGGAGGUGGGCUCGGGCCCUCCCACGCCCCUGCCCUUCCCCCACGCCCCGCCUUUUGUACACCAACUCAGAAAUAAAGACCCUUUGUCCGUUUUUUAACCUUGGAAUCUGUAAUCCGUUCUUAGAGCGACAGAAAUAAAAAGCUGUUUUUCUUCA